AGACAGCUAUUAGAGCUCAUUGAAACCAAUACAAAAAAAUAUAUAUAUUUCUAAAAAAGUGAAUCAAAGAGCUCUAAUGGCUUCUAACAAUUUGCUGGUCAUCCUUGCCAUUGUGGCAGUUGUUCUUCCUUCAGUCACCAUGGCUACUGAUUAUUGGGUUGGUGAUUCUAACGGUUGGACCAAUGGCUAUGAUUACCAAACUUGGGCUAAGGAUAAAGUAUUCUAUGUUGGAGACAAACUAGUUUUUAACUACACUAUGGGAAAUCAUAACGUGUUCAAAGUAAACGCUACCGGCUUCAGCCAAUGCAUUAUCCCACCAUCAAAUGAGGCAUUGACCUCUGGACACGAUAUCAUUCCCCUUAUGGUCCCUGGAAAAAAAUGGUACAUUUGCGGUGUGGGGCAGCACUGUGCUCAGUUUGGCCAAAAGCUUGUCAUCAACGUGGAAAGCGGAGCUCCAGCACCGACCCCUGUGAAAAACUCUGCUCAUGGGAUACUAAUUUCUGGGUAUCCAUUUUUCAUGGCAGCAGUGUUAGCUGUGGCUGCCAUGGUUAUGGCUUGACUAAUAUGACAUUUAGGUCAUUUAGAUCAACAAAUUUUAUAUUGUUUUACGAAUAAGACAUAGAAGCUGUACUGGCUGUGGCUGUUGUGAUUGUGGCUUGACCAAUAAGACAUUUAGUCACUUUUAAUCAACUGAUUCUAUGUUGUCUAAGAAUAAGAUUCAAUUGAGUACAACACUAUUCACAAUCUUUUGUAGCUUUUUUACGUAUGCAUUUUGUAUACCUUUGUGAUGAAUUAAUUCUUAUAU